AUGAAGAGGUUUUUGUACACUCAGCAUGUUCCUGAAGUACAAUCAGUGGAAAUAGUGACCUAUAUGUUAAAGGGAGUUGCUCAGAAAUUGUGGCCGGAGUUAUGUUAUACCUUGCAAAUAGAGUUAAUAGAUAUCCCUUGGAAUAGAUUCAAGAUGGAAUUUUACGAGAAAUAUUUCUUGCAUGCACUUCGCACUGCAAAGAAGUUGGAGUUAAUGCAGCUGAAGCAAAAGAAUAUGUCUGUUGCUGACUAUACCCGUGAAUUCAACAACAUGUGCCGCCUUUCAAGAGUUUGUCAAGGAAAUCCAGCCGACUAUGAGGAAUGGAAGUGUGCUCAGUAUGAGAAAGGACUUAGGAGAGACAUCUUUAACUACGUGUAUCUGCAAAGGAAGACUAUGGGGACUGCUCCAGAUGAGCCACAUAGAACCGGGCUAGAUGAAUGCUACAAGUGCGGGAAGCCGGGGCACACGGCUCAAGACUGUCCACACAGGAAACACCGGAAUGUAACCGAAACCGAUUUUCAGACCCGAGCCCUUAUGCCUCAGCCUUCAGCAAAAACAAAAGAAAAAAAAAGGAGAAAGGGAAAAAAACGGAGAGGGGGAAAAAAGGAGAAAAAGGGGGAAGCGGAAAUAGAGAAGAGGGAGAACGAAGGGGAGAAGAGAGCCGAGGAUGGAGAGGGAGGAGAAAAGGUCGCCGCUGUCCAGCUCGCACCACCAUCGUCACACACUACUACUGCCUCGUGGCCACCGCCGCACCUUGUUGUCGUAAUCAGAGCCACCACCGCCGUCUGUUGA